AAUGUGCGCGCGACCCUGGGCAAAGAAGGCAGACCGUUGAUGGCCUACUACUACUACCCUCUGCUGCUGCUGCUCGUGGCUCAGUUGUGCGCGGCGGAGCUCGUGGCGCCGAACGCGCUGAAUCUGCGGAUCUCGUCGAAUGUGACGCACGAAAUCCCGUCGACGCUUUAUGGGUACAUGUGGGAGGAUAUCAACCACAGCGGCGACGGAGGUUUAUACGCCGAGCUUCUGCAGAACCGAGCGUUCCAAGCCGUGAUCCCGGGGACCCAGAACGCGCUGACAGCGUGGCAGCCCUUCAACGGCGCGCGGCUCGCCGUCACGGCCAAGACGUCGGGCGUAUCGGCCGCGCUGCCGCACAGCCUGGAGGUGCAGUUCCCAAAGACCGUCGCCGGGCCGAUCGGGUUCGAGAACACGGGGUACUGGGGGAUCAAGGUCCAGAGCGGGUGGACGUACACGGGCUCGUUCUACGCCAAGGCGCCUGCGUUCGCCGGGCCCAUCACUGUGUCGCUCAAGUCGGCCGCAGGGACCGUCUUCGCGUCCAAGACGCUGACGGGCGUCACCCCCGCGUGGAAGAAAUUCACGUUCGAGCUGCAGCCGGCGGCAUCCGCGCCGACGGACGAGAACGUCUUCACCGUCGUGGUCGACGGGAAGAGCGCGGCGGGGCACACGGUGUACUUCGGCCUGUUCUCGCUGUUCCCGCCGACGUUCCGCGGGCGCCCGAACGGCAUGCGCGUCGAUCUGGCCGAGGCGCUCGCGGCGACGCGGCCUUCGGUGUGGCGGUUCCCGGGUGGCAACAAUAUCGAGGGCGCGAGCAUCGACACGCGGUGGAAGUGGAACGAGACGAUCGGAAAAAUUGAAGAUCGGCCGGGUCGGGUGGGAGACUGGGGAUAUCCGAACACGGACGGCCUGGGAUUGUUGGAGUACUUGGACUGGGCAGAAGACUUGCAAGCGGUAAGAAUUGUUACUGUCACACACACAACCCCCGGCCGAGCUGAUUCUCCCCGAGGAACCCAUCCUAGGCGUCUGGGACGGCAUCUCCAUCCAGAACUACUCGGAUCUCGCCACCUGGCCGAUCGUUCCCGAAGCGGAUCUGCAGCCGUACAUCGACGACGUGCUCAACGAGAUCGAGUUCAUCGUCGGGAAUCUUUCGACGCCCGGUGGGAAGCUGCGCGCGAGCCUGGGCAGGCCGGAGCCGUACGCGCUCAAGUACAUCGAGAUGUGCAGGGAACGAAGAUCAGGCAAGUGUUCCAGGAAAGCUCGUACGCAGGCUACCGGUGGAACGCAUUCGUCUCGGCAAUCGGGGCCAAAUACCCCAAGAUGGAGUUUAUCGCGACGUCCUACCCGACACUGGCGCUAUCCCCGGCAUAUCAGCGAAUUGACUUUCAUAUGUACAAUUCGCCGGAUUGGUUCACGGGAAAUGCGUUCAUGUUCGACGACUACCCGCGAAACGGAACGAAGUGGUUCAUCGGAGAAUACGCCGGGGCUCACCAGCACGAACGAUCUGAACCUCCUAGGCGCUAUCGCCGACGGGCGGCUUCCGUACCCGACUCUGCAGGGCGCCGCGGCCGAGGCGGCGUUUAUGACGGGGCUCGAGCGCAACAGCGACGUCGUGUUUGCCUCUGCUUGUAUGCCUGCUCCAUCCAUCUCGCUCCACAUUUUAAUCCACCUCGUAAACAGAUGCGCCUAGGUACAACCGGCAACUGCCGACCCUCCGUUAAUGACAUCACGCGCGGGCUAACUCGUUUUUCCCCCAGCUUCCAACAUCUCAAGAGCUACGUCUGGACCCCCGAUAUCAUCUCAUAUGACGCCAGUCGUCUGAUAAAAUCGACGUCCUAUUAUGUUCAGCAGAUGUUUAGCUUGAACCGUGGGAGCCACGUGAUUGCUACGACGCCAUCAUCGACCAAUGAGAGCGCGCCGCUAUAUUGGGUCGCGAGCUACCAGAACGACACGGACGUGGUGUUCCUCAAGGUGUCGAACACUGGGACAUCGGACCUGGUCGCGAACAUCUUCCUCGACUUCAACGUGACGUCGUUUGGGUCUGCCGUCAGCAUCUCCUCGCCUGUGCUCAGUCCGAUCACCGGCCUGUUCAACAUAUCCAAUACGCCUGCAGCGCCAGACCAGAUCAUCCCCGUCUCGAGCAGCUUUGCGCUGCCGUUCCCGGACCGCUUCAACUACUCGUUCCCUGCGACGAGCGUGACGGUCGUGUCGCUGCAGGCCAAAGCGCCGUUUAGCAUCACGAAUACAAAUAGCUAGAGAACACAUGUACCACACUGGCAAUACAUAGCUACAGGCGUGUGACCUCGAGCUUCGGACACACACCGUCAGUCGGCGAGGCCGUCUUGAUCUGACGGAAGAAGCAUGGUUAAUGGUCGGGGCCCGCUAGUCUCACUAUUUUCCCAAGAUG